CUAUUAGCCGGCCCGACGACUCUUGAGUCUUGAAGUGUACUACUAACAAAUAACAAAUAAGGUAGUCUGAACCUCGCUGCUUUUUCACUAGCACAAGCCAACCUCGAUCCAACCAUAUAUUCUAUUCAUAAUUUUCACGAACUCCGUCCUUUAUUAAUUGAAGAUUUUAUCUCCCGGUCAGAGAUUGAUUAAAUCGGUUAACUAGAUUUUUUUUUUUGUUUUUAUGAUUAUAUUAAUCCCUGAGCACAAUUUUUUCUCGCUGAUUUGAGUUUUUGAGCGGUAUCGGCGCUUCUGAGCAAUGGCGGGCAUAGCAAUAUUGGAUCUACUGAGAAGAAACCCGAAUUUUGGUAGCCAACCGAUUAAUUCGAGAGGUCUGUUAUCCGUGAAGCUGGUCGGAGCUACCUCUGCUGCCGCUGCUUCUUUCGCCGUUACAACCCCUUUUGCUUUCGGGGGUUUGUUCGGAAAUGGUGUCCCACGGGUCGCCUACUGUGAUGCUGGCAUGGAAGCUUUAAGCGAAGAUUACAUUUCCCACAUACGGACUGCAUCUGGGAACAUAUUUCAGAGUGAUGCUUUGAUAUACAGCACCAAGCAAUAUGAUAUUCAGUUGAAACCGCUUUUGUCUGCCUUCCACUGGAAAACUUUUGCGCUGACAUCACUGAGGUCCUUUCUAUUGUUUUAUUUGCCACUUGUGGAGCCCCGCGGACUCAAGGAAGAGGACGAUGAUGAUGAUGACGAUUUUCUUAAGCCCGAGGGGAAGCCAGUUGAUUUGGUUGUUCCGUUUAAGAAAUCAGUGAAACAAAUACUUCGUGAGACAAGUGUAGUUACUACGAGACGUGUUCUGGAAAGGCUUGCGGUUCAUUAUGUUUCACAGCGGAUGGCCUGGAAGCUUCUCAAAGUCGAUUUCGCAUCAAAGGGUUUUAAUUUUAUGCACCUGCCUUGUAUUAAUUACACUCCAUCAACUGUCACAGAUGUUCCCCAGUCGGCCACUCGCAAGGCUACAAGAGGACUGCCAACCACGACUUACUUUUUCCGCGUCAGCAGAACCACUCUAAGAGGUCACUGUCUUGGGGUUUUGGCAUCAUGGAUUGUUCAAGUCAGCAUUGAUGUCUAUCGUUUUUUCUCUUCUCUAACUAAAUCUCCACAAGAAGAUGAGAUAAUUGAUACAGCAGAUCAGCUUGAGAUUCUCGGGAAGAAGGUUUACGGUGCCACAGUUAGGUGUGGAAGCUCUCUCAUUUUUGCAUCUAUUGGUGCUGGGAUUGGGGCACUGUUGAUUCGCCCUUCAACUGGACAGUGGAUAGGAUGUGCUGUUGGGGAUUUAUUGGGACCCGUUGUCGUUGCAUUCUGUUUCGAGAAGUUUCAUUUGGACCUCUGAGCUAUGCAGCUGGCUAGGAAUGUGCCCAGAACACAUCAGCAUAUUCUUACAAUGUCAUCUAGGACUUCCUUUAUAUAAAAGGACGGUUCCUGCAAUAACUAUGACCAAAAACGUGAAAAUUGUAUGUUUUGUUUUUUAUUUUAUUUUUUUGUUUUUUGUUUUUUUUAAUUUCUUUUAUUUUCUAUAUCCUCGUUUUCGUCGAACUUCUACAUAAUUUUUGGCCCUUUUGGGAUUCGACAAAGUGGAUAUUAAUUAUAGAAAACUCCCAAGUAGUUUUUCUCAUGAGAGGAAUUGAGGUUCAAUAGAUGUCAUGUUUAAUUAGGGCUAUUUUCUGGUAAAACUGUCUUAGAUACUUAUUCGUUAUUAAAUGCUUUGAUCAUCGUUUGGAUUUGUUGAACAAAGACUCGAGUCAGUGAAGACGAGCUAACUGACAUUAUAUCUUUCAGAAAAU